GCUAACCAGAUAUAAGUAGAAUCCUUCUUGUAAGCGGUUUUAGUAUUUCAAAAGGUACAACAGUUGAACACAACGGUGAAAAUGGUUAAAAUCAAGAAAGUUUCCGUGAUCAGUAUUGAAAGCCUGAAGAUUACAAGUGCCAAAUUGCAAAAGCACUGGGAAAGCGUUCAUCUCAACGACAACUUCUAUUAUGUCCACAUUCUAUUUUUAUUGGUUGGUCUCAUGCACUUCUUGCCUUACACGUUCUUCGUUACUGCAAAUGCCUAUUGGAUGGACAAGUUCCGGAACACUUCCUCUGACGAUUUGUACGAUGCCUCCAAGAGAACUAACCUCCAAAGCCAUUUUGCGUCUGGAAUAUCCAUAUGUAACAGCAUUCCUAAUUCGAUUGUCGCAAUACUUUCAACAUUAUUCGGUCAUAAGUUGAAACCCAGGUUCAGGGUCAAUUUCACACUGUCUGUUAUGUUUAUCUGCUUCAUCGUGAUGACACUGUUUGUGCAUAUCAAUACAGAUACUUGGCAAACUUUAUUCUUCUGUGUCACAUUUGCAGUCCUUGCAACGUUAAUUGCUGUAAAUGCCGCUCUACAGAUGUCAGUAUUCGUACUGCUGGCAAAGUUUCCACCGUACUUCAUGAAAGUUUACCUCUUUGGUCAAGGUUGCGCAGCUGUGUUUACCUCCUUAUUACAAAUAAUGACCCUAGCUAUAGGAACAACCACUAAAACGUCCGCCCUAAUUUAUUUCGGCAUAGGAUCCAGCGUUAUGGGCUUCACUUUAGUUUUGUUCUACUUCAGCAAAUACAAUGAUUACUACAUGUACUUUGUGAACCAUUUUGAGGAAGAUAUCACUAGGGAUAUGUUAUCUUUUGCGCAAAUAAAAUCUAUAUUAAAGAGUAUUUGGCCUGUCUUGUUUAUGUACGUAUGUUUUGAUUUGGCGAAGAUUCCGCAGACACCCGUGACGUCGCUGGUUGUAUCUGAAAACUAUGGUAGUGGGAGCGAUUGGAAUGAUGUCUAUUUUGUACCGGUGAUAACUUUCUUGUUUGCUGAUAUUUGUACAUUGAUUGGAAGAGUUGUUUGCUCGAUAAGCAAGCCUAUGCCUAUUUCACUGGCAAUGAUUUUUUCGGCAUCCAGGGUUGUAAUAUACAUCCCACUAGUGUUGUUAUGUAACGCACAACCCAGAAACCACCUACCCGUUGUUUUCGGCCACGAUUGGGAGUACGUUAUCAUUGUAGGCACGCUUUCCAUGACUAAUGGAUACUUGUUUAAUCUAGCAUUUUUGAGUAUCAAUCAGAUUAUGGAUCCGGAGAAUGUAGAAGACGGCUACUUAGUAUUCGCUAGUGCCAUCUGUACAAUAGGAGCUUCAAUAUCUCCUUUUUCUGCUCUUUGUGUGGACUUACUCUGAAGGAAAAUAAAAAUCAUGGAGUUCGUCUGUGAUUACAAAAAAAUCCGAUGUACUUGUGUUGUAUUGCCCUUAAAGUAUUGCAUUGUGAUAUUAGAUAUAAUUCAAAUUUUUUAUAAUGACUAGAGGAUCUUAUAAUGAAAUAUUAAAAUGUUAUUUAAAAAAGUCUAAGAAU